AUGAAAGGUCGCGCUCCUCUCCCGGUCCCGUCCGGCACCCAGCAGCCUCUACAGAACGGUCAUUCCCGCAAUGUCUCAGGCUUCGAUAUGACUGCCCGAAGUCCCCCUAAUCAAAGCAAUACCAAGCAUGUUCCCUGCAAAUUCUUCCGACAGGGUGCCUGUCAGGCCGGUCCUGCCUGUCCCUUUUUACAUUCCACCGAUUCUGCGAUCGAUUAUGCUCCUUGCAAGUAUUUCACAAAGGGUAAUUGCAAAUUCGGUGCCAAAUGUGCGCUGGCGCAUAUUCUUCCAGACGGGCGACGGGUCAAUCGCCCCAGUAUGACCAUGGGGGGAAGCCAUCUGAACCUGGGAGGCCGGGUCAAUCCCCAGGCCUAUGUCAACCAAGAUUCAGCCUUGACGAACUCGGUGCUGUCGCAACAGCGGAUGAACGGACACGAUGCCCGAUAUGCUGGUCAAGUGCCGCCUCAGGAUGAGCUUGCAGUCUUACAUGCGCAGCAGCAACAACAGCAGCAGCAACAGCAACAGCAACAACAACAACAACAACCGCCGCCCCCAUCGUACGACCCCAUCCCCACGAUUGAUGCUGGUUUAGCUUCGGACGCUGGGUCGAAGUACGGCUCGCCUCCGGAUGACAUGCGCUUCCCCAUGUCCCCCAGCCACCAUCACCUCACGGCCCUCGAUGCCCCGCUACCUGCGUCGUUUGACAGCCAAGGAAUUUCGCACGCGGCUCGUUACGGUCCCGUGGCCGCCUCUAUGCCCUCCAAGUUUGGACUGGAACUGUCGCCCCCCGCUCAGAGAGUGGGCGUCCCCUCGGAUGCGCUUCGAAACCUCCGCGAUACGGUCUACGGGCCCGAUUCGAGGAAAUAUUCUUCGAUGAUGGGAUCCUCACCCCCUGGAAUCACUGAAGAUGGACAAGGCCCGCGGUUCCUACAUUCGCAGCGGCCGGUGAAGCCACGGAUGCUGUCAGCCAGUGUACCGCGACCCACCGCCUUGGACGAUUGGGAGGACAGCAAUUUCCCCAUGGAGGAAGACUAUCUACCGAUGAACCUACAUGAUGACGUCCUGACGCCCCAGGAGCGGCUUCGUCGCCUGUCGCGCACGGACCACGACCUGGGCUCAACUCACCGCGAUCUCAGUGGUCUCGGAAUGACCAGCACCAGUCUCUCGAAGGUUGGCUCCCCACUGGGAUCCAGUCCGUCGCGCUUCGGGGCCCUGUUCGCCAAACAACGACAGAAAAAGGAGGAAGAUUCCCACGGUACUGGUACAUCUUUCCCGCACGUGGGUUCGCCUCUGCGUGAAUCCUCCUUGCACAUGGGCACCAGCCCUAGUUUAGGCCCCAUCGGGAGCCGCCAAUUUUCAGGCGACGUAUCGCCGUACGUGACGGGUUCCUCUUCCUCCCUUCAACCGUCCACGUCGAUGAUAUCACAGCAACUGAGCGGCAUGUCCUUACACCCCGGGACGGCCCGCCACUCGUCCUCCGCCGGCCCCAGCAGCCGCCUAGACCGGACCGUCUCGUCGCCGGUCAGCACGAGCAAGAUCGACGAGGAACAAAGUGACCUGGUCUUUUCCAUGGAGGAAGAAGAGAAUAAUAAGCGGAACAGCUCUUCGUGGGAUACCAACAAGACGGACUCCAAUGACGAGGAUUCGACGCCAACCGGCAACGCGGCCUUUCAGACAUGA